GUUGCUUAACGGUUGCCAUAGUGACAAUGAACCGACGAGUUUUUACGUGACUUAACAAUUGAGCUGCGAGACUUGGUUGUAAUGUAAACAUGUCCAGAAAGCAGGUUAUUUCUGCAUUUAAGCAUCUUCACAGAACAAGGAGAAAAGUUUUUGAAAAUGAUUUAACAGCUCUGGAAGCUUCGAAACAGAAGAUUAACCAAGAAUUUCGGAAAAAUAUAAAUGAAGCUGAUCCAGCAGUGAUCAAAAAGUUGUUGAAAAUUGCCGAAGAUUCUGAGAUGAUUCUCCGGACUCAGAUCAUUCAAGCUGAAGAGACAACUCCUGGUGUUUUCAAGGCAAAAAUCACUGCCGAUACCUUCAAAGACACUAACUACCCUUUCAAACCAGAUGCCAAAAUACCAGAGUUCAAAAAAGGCAAGAAGUGUUCAAGCUGACCGAUCCUUUUAACAUGGAGACAUCAUGUUGUUACUUCGUUGCUUGUAUCAUAUUUGACUCUAAGACAAACUCACAAGAUUCCUGAUUCUUUCAUAAUAACCUAAGUUGUUAGAAUAUGAAAGAUAGAGAGACUUUCUCUGGUUUAUUUGAUGCUAUUCUAUGAGGCUUCAUUUUAUAGCAACUCUGGACUCUGUCUUCCUUUCACUUGAAAGUCUUUCAUGUCAGACAUUAACAAUUGUAAACAUGAACAAAUUUGGCAUUUUUUUCUAAUAAACACUAUUUAUUGUUUCCUUA